AUGCAACCAAGAAAAAUUCGUUGGAUUAUUCAAAUCGAAGAAAAUCCAUGGCAAGGUGAAAGUGUCGAGGAGCAAAUUUCUAGUAUUAAAGAUGAGCGGGAAGAUGUACAAAAGAAAACGUUUGCAAAAUGGAUAAAUUCGCAAUUGCUUAAGAAUCAUCACGAGCCGAUUUCUGAUUUGUUCGUUGACUUACGAGAUGGCAAUCGGUUAUUGUCUCUGUUGGAAGUUCUCACGUCUAAAGUCUAUAAAAGAGAACGCGGUCGAAUGAGAGUUCAUCAUUUGAAUAAUGUCAAUAAAGCUUUGCAAAUUCUUGAACAAAAUAAUGUAAAACUCGUAAAUAUUAGCAGUAAUGAUAUAGUUGAUGGGAAUCCUAAGCUAACACUUGGAUUGGUAUGGAGUAUUAUUCUACACUGGCAGGUACAUUAUCAUCUGAAAGAUUUAAUGACAGAACUACAACAGACGAAUUUAGAGAAAACUCUUUUAGCAUGGUGUCGUCAAAAUUCACAGAAUUAUUCUGGAGUUGAUAUUAAAAACUUUACUACAUCUUGGUCAGAUGGUUUAGCAUUCAAUGCUAUUCUUCAUAAAUGGAAACCGCAUUUAUUUGAUUUUAAUAACAUAGCGCGUAAACAUCCCAAUGCUAGACUAGAUCAUGCAUUUCGUAUUGCUCAGGAACAAUUGGGCAUUGAACGUUUGUUGGAUCCAGAAGAUGUGAAUACAUCGGUGCCGGAUAAAAAAUCAAUAAUGAUGUACGUUAUGUGUCUUUUUCAAUCAUUACCUCAUUCUGGAGAUGAUAUAGGCGAAUUAGAUCUAUCAGUAGCAAGUGAUAGCAGCCCGGUUACGACUCCGGGAGCAGAGAAUACAUUAUCUUUUACAAAUUUUGGAACACCAACAUCACGACCGAUGAGUCUUGCAACAAACGUAUCGGUAGAACUUGGUGGUUAUCAAGUCGCUCUCGAGGAAGUUUUGACUUGGCUUUUGGAGGCAGAAGAUAAAUUAAAUCAUGCUCCAGAUCCUGGAUCUACUUUAGAAGUGUUAAAACAACAAUUUCACGAACAUGAAUCAUUUUUAGUAGAAUUGUCCGGUCAUCAAGAUGGUGUUGGUGCUGUAUUGGAGGAAGGUGCGAGAUUAUUAGCGGAAGGCGGUUUACAUAAGGAUGAAGAACACGAGGUUCGCGUUCAAAUGUCAUUAUUAAAUUCUCGAUGGGAAGGACUUCGAAUGCGUGCAAUGGAAAGACAAACUAAAAUUCAUGAGGUCCUUAUGCAAAUGCAACAAGGCCAGUUAGAUGCAUUACGACAAUGGUUAACAAGGACUGAAGAUAGAAUUUCGCGAAUGGCAGCUAUUGAAUUAAAUCAGUCUGCCUUAGAUGAACAACUGAAACAAUUGAAUGAAUUAGAGCAAGAUAUUGAGGCACAGCAGGGAGUUGUUGAUGGUAUGAGAAAUAUGGUAGUUGUUGUGGAUGAAGAAAAUUCUGAAGCAGUUUAUGCGCAAAUGGAAGAUCAAUUAUCCGCUCUCGGAGAGCGAUGGACCCACAUUUGUCAGUGGAAAGAAGAAAGGAGGCAACGUUUGCAGGCUCUUUCUUCGCUUUGGCAAAAUGUUAACGAUGACUAUAAAAGAUUAAUGUCAUGGUUGAAUGAAACUGAAAUUACUUUAAAACAAAUGGAAGCAAAUCCUGCUUCCGAAAUUGGUGAAGUGCUUGAAAGAAUUAAAAAAUUACAAAUAUUAAAAAUGGAUAUGGAUGAAAAUCAAAGAAAGUUAAUGUCCUUACAAGAAUCAAUUCAAGAACUGGAAGGACAAAAUACUUCACCAGAAUGUAUUAAUAUAUUAGAAAAAAUCGAAAAUUUGCAAGAUCGAUGGGAAGCAGUGGGACAAAUAAUGGAAGUGCAGACACAAAGGAUAACAAAUUCGGGAUUUGAAUUCGAUCUGAAGACUGAGAGGGAAACAACAGUAGUUACGGGCAAUGAAUGGAUGUCUGAAACAGUAACAAGUAUCGCUUAUAAAGAAGAAAUUACUGCAACUUCUACGCCUCACAGUGAUUCAAAGAAACGUCGCGUAGAUAAUACAAGUAGACAUGAAUUUGAAUCGGCAUUACAUAAUUUGUAUAAAUGGCUUGAUUAUGUUGAUUUAGAAAUUGGACGAUCGGAGGGAGUAUUUGACGAAUUAAGCAUCGAAGAAAAGAAAGUUGUUUACAAUGAUACAAUUGCUGAUAUAGAAGCACACAAAAAUGAUUAUGACAAAGUUUUAGAAUUGGGGAAGCAGCUUCUUGAAGAAUUAAAAAAUGCUAAUGAAUCGAUUGAAACAGAUGAAACAAAAAUUAAAGAUAUACAGAAUUGUUGGAUGGCAACUAAUAGUCGACUUGAAGAAAUAAGAAAUCGUAUAGAAUAUUUAGAAGAAGUAAAAAAAUUUCGAACAGAACUGGCUAGUUUGAAUUUAAUGUUAGAUAGCUAUUCUAAAUGGUUUGAUUCAAACAAAGGAAACAAUCAAGUGGAACCAUUUAGAGUGAAAUUAAAAUCAAUGAAAUCUCAUGAAGAGCGUAUAAAAAAAUUGUUAGAAAAAGCCAAAGAAUUACCAGAAAAUCAAACUAUGUAUUUGUUUGGUAGUAAUGAAACUAUCAAUUUAAAUGAAGAUAUACAAAUGUUUGUUUGUAACUGGGAAAAAUUGUAUAAAACAUUAUCUGAAAAAUUAACUGAAUUAAAUGAUGCUGUUGAUAAAACACCGCCGAAGAAAUAUACAGAUGCAGUUGCUAAUCUCACUUCUUUUAUUAAUAAUGUAGAAAGUAUGUUACUAUCAGAACAUAUAGUAAUGUCAGAUGAUAAGACGAUGACAGAACAAUUACGAAAAUUCAGCGAUUUGCAAAAUUCUUUGAAAGAACACCAAGAAGUUUAUAAUUAUGUAAAUAGUGUUGGACAUGAAUUAAUAAUGAAGACCAAUGGAGAUUCUCAGGGUCAAAGACUUAAAGAUGCAUUACAAGAUCUUAUUACUAAAUGGAGCGAUAUACCUAUAAUAUUAGAAGAACGUCAACAAAAUUUGCAAAAAGAUAUUCAGUCUUUAAAAAUAUUCAAUAACGAGCUUUCAGAGCUUGAAAAUUGGCUUGAAAAAUCAAGGCAAUAUUUAGAAGAAUUAUCAAAAGAUAAUGUCUCAAAUGAUAUUGAAAUUAUGGAACUUAGAUUAAAACAGAUUCAAUCUUUUUGUGAAGAUAUAAAUGAAAUGAAACCAAAAAUAGAAAAACUUCAAAUUUCUACAAAUAAAUUACUUGAAAAUUCUGAACCAAAAUUUGCAAAUGUGUUAAACAAUAAAUUAGAAGUUGUAUCGCAUAAGUGGAAUGCUAUCGUUGACGGUGCUAAAAGUUUAAAUGAUAAGUAUGAAGAUACAUUGAAAAAAAAUGAUGAAAUAAUAAAUGGAAUAGAAGAUUUUACAAAAUGGUUAUCAACUUUAGAAAAAGAAAUACCAAUUGAAACCAAAAUAACGUCUUCUGUUGAACUGUUUCAAGUUCGUGGCCGAUAUCAAUCAUUAAAAGAAAAGAUAGAUAAGCGAGUAGAGGAAUUUAGAAAUCUCAAUGAAAUGGGCAAUGAUAAAUUAUUAAGUUCUGAAGGAUCUUCAGUGCAAGAACUUGGUAGACGAUUUACAUUUUUAAAUGCUCGUUGGACGGAUGUUACAGAUCGUAUUUAUGAACGAUAUAGACAUUUACAAAAUGCUAGCCACGAAUAUGGUGAAUUCCGUGCUUUAGUUGCACAAGAAAGUGAUUGGUUGGAUAAAUUAGAUAAAAGGUUAAGAAGAUCAACAGAAAGAGCUGCAGAUGCUGAAGAAAUAUCAGAAGAACUUGAUGAUUUAGAAAAUUAUAUACGAAAUCAUCCAGAAUUAAGACUUGAAAAGAUACAAGAAAUAGGUAAACAAUUGAUUGAAAGUAACAUCAUGACUCAGUCCAUUCAAAUGGAUGUAGAGAAUUUAACAAGUCGUUGGGAAAGUUUAAAUAAUCAGGCAGGGCAGCGAGCAAAGCUGCUGGAAGGAUCAGUGAAGCAAGCACAACAAUCAGAAGGACGUAUUCUUGCCCUUCAGCAUUCCUUAACACAAAUAGAUUCUGUACUAACAGCACGUCUUGACUGCGACCUUACUGCUGAUGAUUUGCCUCAUGAUUAUCAGAAAUUAAUGGAAGAAAUGGAACAUCAACGAUCUACACUUCAAGAAAUGGCGUUACAAAUUGAAUCUUACAAAGCUUCUGGAAAACAAGAAGCAGCACUCAGAUUACAAGAACAACUAACUCUCAUUGAACAGAAAUUUUCCGAAGUUCAACAAAAAUUCCAACGUUUUCGAUGUCCAACGAAUUUAGAACCAAGAUUAUCCAGAGCUUUACGAGAGCUUAGAGGAAUAGAAGAAGCAACUUGUUUAUUAGAACUGUCAUCAGAAGAUCCAGAAGCUAUUGAAGGUCAACUUAAACAUUGUCUGCGUUUUUAUCAAACGUUAAGUGAAAUUAAAAGCGAGAUAGAAAAUAUUAUAAUAACUGGUAGGAAAUUAGUUGAAGAAAAAAGUGUCACUGAACCAGAGAAAUUUUCGCGACGAAUUGAUAUGUUAAAAGAAUUAUAUAAUAAGUUGGGUUUACAUAUAACUGAAUCAAAAGCAUGUUUGGAAACAGCACUGGAUUUAUCACGCGAUAUGUAUAAAAACAUGUCUUAUAUUAAUAUGUCUAUAGAUAGUAUUAAUAAAGAAUUAGAUAAUCAAAAAAAUAUGCCUGAUCUUCCAGUUAAUGCGAUAUAUGUACGAGAAACUUUGACAGAAGUAAUACCACGAUUAAACGUUGUAAAAGAUAAAUUGUUAAAUUCACAGGAUGAAUUUUCUAAACUUUGCGAUCCUAUGUAUUUAGAACAACUUAAAGAAAAAUUAUCAGAUAUUGUUAUUAGAUUAGCAAAUACUGAAAAGAGAUUAAGAUUAUGUAAUGCUUCAGAGGAAGAGCCUAAUGUUGAUGAAAUAAAAGCAUGGCUUUUACAAGUUGAAGAAAAACUAAAUAAAUUAGAUAGUGUUCCAGUUGAUCAAUUGACGGAAAAUCAUUUUGAACAAUGCAAAGCUGUUCAAAGCGAAAUGAUUGAAGCAAAACCAAAAGUCAAUCAACUACAACGUUAUACUUAUUACCCGAAAGUUUCAGAUGUUUGUAAGAAAUGGGAGGAUAUAUCUAAUAGAAUUCAAGAAUGGAUCCACAAAAUCACAGACAGUUUAUUAAUAAAAAGUAAGAUGGGAGAAACAAAGGGGAGAGACAAUUAUGGACGUACUAAAUUGUCUAGACAGGAUCAAACUUCGAUGCAACUAGCUAAAAAAGAAAAUAAAUUGAUAGAUGAGAAUGAGGAAAUAUAUGGCAUAGGAUAUCUUAAUCCCGCAUUUGAUGAAAGUCAAUGUAAUAUUAUUUGUACACCUGAAAGUUCACCAGUUGAUAUUGUUCAUCGAAGCCGGAAAUCUUCCGCAAAAUCUGAGAAAGUAAAAGCUAAAAUUGUAGAUGUUAGUAGAACUGUUAGACGAAAAUUAGACAUGAGCUCUAUACCCGAUGUUGUUCAGACUUCUCAACCACAAGUUGUUCAUAUUGACGACGAUUUAUCUUCUUUAUCUCCUGAUACAGAUGUAUACAUGGCCGAUGAAGAAUUUUUUUUGUCCAAAAAUAGUACAUUAUUUUCUCAAGUUUCUUCCAAUACAUUGACUACAACAGAAUCGAAACCAUUAAAUUAUAACACACAGAUGAAUCCUUUUCGUAUUGUAGAAGUGAAAGAAAUGGAAAUAAUAAAAUCAAUUGCAUCUCCUGAAAAUCACGUAAUAUUACCAAGUGCAAAUGUCUGUGCAGGAUUAAAGCCACAAGUUGUUGAAAGAGUAGAAAUUAUUGAAGAUACAGAAACUGAACCAGAAUCGGUAGAUACAGAUACAGAAGAUAAAGAAACUAGGAUAAAAGUUUGUAAAAAUGCAAUUAGUAAUGGAAAUCAAACUGUUAAUAAGAAAAGAGAACUUAUUCCUAUAUUGAAGAAGAAAAAAAUAAUAGAUUCAUACUCUGCAAAAAGUGUUAAAAAAUUAACUCUGAAAUUAGAUGUUGAGGAUACUUCAACUGAUAAUCAAAUUUCAAAUUAUAAACCACAAUUUUCAUGUAAAGUAAACAAAUUUGAAAAAAACUCCGCGUGGAAAGAUAAGGAUAGCAUAGCUGAAUAUCUUAUACUUGAAGAUAAUGAAAUAAAUACAAAAUUAAGCUCAAGAUGUCCUGCUGAUCUUGUUCUCACAUCAGAAAUUAGUUCUACAAAAAACAAAAAAGAGCUCAGUAAUGAUAAAGAAUUAACAUUUGAAAAAGAUACAAAUCUUUCAAAGUUACAUGGUAAUGAAAAUCAUAAUAAUAGUUAUGAAAGAAAUAUAAAAUUGAUGUUAUUUAGACGUGCUAGAAGUAUUUCAAAAGAUGAUACACUAGAGGAUUGUGAAAGCUUUUAUGGAAGCGAUAAAGAAACAGAUGAUGUUUAUUUUUCUGAUGAUACAGAAAUUGAUGUUGGAAGUUCCAGUUCAGAGGGAGAAGAUACAAAUUCAAAGGAGCAUAUUGAGCACCUCUUGGGCAAGAUACAGGCUGAAAAAUUAUCACAAGAAACACAACAUAAAAUAGAGACGAAGAUUUCUAGUGAUAAGAGACCUUUUAAAAUUUCAACUAGUUUAUCCAGAACAGGCUUAGAAAAAAGUAUUUUGGAAUUUGAACAAGCUGCACAACGGAUGUUACAUAGAAUGGAUGUCAUGUUGAUGAGUAUCAGUGGAAUCAGUAAUGAAAAAGAUCCAACUAAACGACUAGAAGUAUUAAAAGGAGAAGUUAGUACUCUUGCUCCAGAUGCAGCAGCUUUGAUUAGCAAAGGUGAUGGCCUAGUUAUGACAGUACAUAUAUCUGAUCCUGUUAGAGCUGAAAAGAUAAAAAAUGAACAUCAAGAUAAAUUAAGAAGCAAAUGGCAUCAAGUUAUGUCCGAAAUAGAAACAAGACGCACACAAGCACAAAGAGGAGAGGAAAUGUUAAGACAAUAUAAUGCCAUAAUAACAGAAUUUGAAGAUUGGUUUCGAGAUGUACCAUUAAAACUUGAACAAGUAAAUAAUUACGAGGGGCAAUUAGAAUCUUUUACUGUAGAAUUUGAUGCUAAACAAGAACAGAUUAAAAGAUUAAAUGAAUUAGCUGUUGAAUUGAAAAAAUUAAAUAUUGGAUAUACUGAAACUGUAAGAUAUAGCAUUAACAGUAGAUGGCAAGAAGUUAGUUCACAAUUUAAAAGAUUUAGCGGUAGUAAGGAUAAGGACAAACAUGUGACAGACAAAAAAGUUGAAGUGGAUGUUGGAGGAGUUGAUAUGCAAGAAUUUACUGCCAGAGUUAAUAAGAUUAGAGAAGCUGUUGUAACUGUGACGAGAUCUUUAAAUUCCGUACCAUUGAAUGGUGAUGAUUAUGAAAUUUUUUCAAAUCAAGAAGAAUGUUUAAAAAAAAUUAAUAACGCAUUAAAUAUUUUAAAACCAAGCAUUGAGGAAAUCAACACAAUUUUUGAAAAUGUUGCUUCGCAAUUAAGAAGAGAGCAAGGCGAACAAAUUAGACGUUUAAGUGAUAAAUUACGAGAUGAAUGGAUAAAUGUUAAUCAAAGUUAUGUUGAAAGAUAUAAUCGUUGGAAUAAAUGUUAUGAAAAAUGGAAAGAACUUUGCAACACAUGCCGGUCUUUUUCCGAUUGGUUAGAUAAAACGGAAGACUCGUUAAAAAAAUUAAAUUCUCUUGGCCAAUCUAAAAUGUCAAGAACAAAAAUAUUUGAAUUGGAACAAGAGAUUUCUAGGAUGCAAAGAAUUAUGAAUAAUAUUAACGUUUCAAGUGCUAGUAUUUUAACUCGUGCUAAAGCUGAAGAUAUGAUGGAAUUAAGAGAAAUGGUUGAAACCAUAAAACGACGUUGGCAAAAUAUUAUAACGGAUUUAAAUACGCGAAAAGAAAAGAAUUUUGCUAUGGAAAAGAAAGUGAACAAUGAAGGCAGAAUUUUAGAAAGUGCUCAUAAUAUAUUAGAGCAAAUCAAUUCUUUAUUGGUAUCAGUAGCAAAUCCUUCAGAUGAGACUUCUUUGUCAAUAAGAUUGUCAUUAAUUAAGGCUAGACAAGAAGAACUUUCUUCUCGCAAAAGAUCAUUACAGAAUUUAAUAAUAAAUCAAAAUGAUAUUCCUUUGGGAGAAGAUGAAUGUAAUAAAUUAAUUUCAGAUAUGGAUAAGGCUAAUAUAAGCCUUUCUAAUCACCGUGACUAUGUUGAGAAUAAACUUGUAUCUCUUAAAAAAUAUAUUUGUACAUUGGAUACUGUUAUGGCUUGGGUCAUGGAAACUAGAGCGAGAAUAAAUAUAUCCCGAGAAUUACCUCAACAAGAACGAGUCGAAAUUAUUAACAAUAUUAUGACCAAAGUUGAAGAUCGAGAAAUGGAAGUAAAGGAUGUAUUAGAAAAUUAUACUAAUUUAGAGAAAGAAUGCGAAUCUGCAAAACAACCUAUUUCCGUAGAAUUACAAGAAAAGCUAAAAAAAUUACGAGAAGAUUGGCAAUUUGUGAAAAACAACGGAGAAUUAUCAAGUUAUGAUGUUAAAACAGCAAUUGCUAUUGGAACGGCGUCAUCGGGGAUCGAAGUGGAAAAGGCUGCAGGAGCUGCACCGGGGGCAUCGGGUGCAAGUGCGGGGGGCCCUCGGGGGUUGACACCUUCCCCUGCCCCCUCAACACCCUCGACCCCCGUCACCACCACUAGUCCUUCGGUCUGCACAUCCUCGCCUUCGUCCUCGCCUUCGCCCUCCUCCUCACCCUCUGCUCUUGUAGCAGGCUUUGACAAAUCGGUGCUACAGAUACGCGACUGGCUAGCUGUGGAAGAAGAGAUGUUACGGAAACAAGCUGUGGUGGUCGGCGAUGUCGGCGAAAUUAUGGAGGCGCUCGAUAAACAAAUGGAUGUGCUACGAGAGCUGGGGCAGAAAAAGCCGCAGUUGGACGAGCUGGUGCACACGGCGGAAGCGCUUCGCGCGGACACGAAUAGACAGCAAGUGCACGGCAAAGGAGGCGAGAAGAUGCAACAACAACCGGCCGGCUCUUCUCCGUAUUCCUCGCACGGUUCUCCGCUGAGGACACCGAUGAGUUCCGGUCACGGAACCCCCCAGGACUCGCCCCACGCGGCCAGGCAUCGAAGGGACUCGGAACACUCGGCCGGCGUUGGAUCGAGGCGAGGCUCCUCGGACGUGGUCGUCGUCUCGCCUCUGCCCGACGCUCCCUCAGGAUCGCCCGAUACCCGACAACCCCGUCGACGAGCGGACUACAGCCCCCAUCAGGUUACGAAGCUGAGGGAGCAUUGGGACGAGAUGAACUCGAAAAUGAUGCAGAGGAAGACGGAGUUGGACGCGAUGCUCGGGGACAGCCAGCGAUACGAGGCGAAAAGGAACGAGGUGGAGGUCUGGUUGGCGCGAAUGGAAACUCGGCUGGAGAAAAUGCGGGCCGUCGGCCACACCGCCGACGUUCUCGAGGCGCAGCUCCGGGAACAAAAGUCGUUCCACGCCGAGCUCCACCAGUACAAGCAUCAGAUCGAGCAGUUCAAUCAGCUCACGCAGAAGCUGAUCGCCGUCUAUCAGGAGGACGACACGACCCGCGUGAAAAAGAUGACGGAGACCAUCAAUCAGAGAUACAACAACCUCAACACCAGCAUCAUCAAUCGAGGAAAACUGCUUCACUCCGCGAUGAACUCCCUCCACAACUUCGACCGGUCCCUGGACAAGUUCUUGGCUUGGUUGAGCGAAGCCGAGUCCUCGAUGGAGGGACUGGAGGCGGAGGCCGAUCGGCUAGGCGGGCGACGAGACCAGGGUGCGCUCAGACGACCGCAACAUCAGCUUAAGGUACGUAAGGCGGAGCGAUUCCCUUUUUACUCAUCUCGUCUAUCGGACCUCCAAUCGGAAAUCGAGACGCACCGAGACGUGUACACGUCGUUGAACGGCACAGGCCGGAAGCUGUUGAGCUCUUUGGCGAGCCAAGAUGACGCUGUUAUGCUGCAACGACGACUGGACGAGAUGAACCAGCGAUGGCAUCACUUGAAAGCGAAAAGUAUGGCAAUAAGAAACCGGUUGGAAAGCAAUACGGAACACUGGAACGCCCUUCUCUUGUCUUUGCGCGAGCUGAUCGAAUGGGUGAUCAGAAAAGACACCGAGCUCACCGGUUUGGGUCCUGUUUGCGGGGAUGUGGCCGCCUUGCAGAAACAAGAGGACGAUCAUCGCGGGUUCAGGAGGCAGCUCGAGGACAAACGACCGAUCGUCGAGAACAAUUUGCUGAGCGGACGGCAGUACAUCGCCAACGAGCCGCCCCUCUCCGACACGUCGGAUUCCGAAGCCGGUAGAGAAUUGGACGGCGAUUCGAGGGGCUACAGAAGCGCGGAGGAGCAGGCACGCGAAUUGACUCGAAGCAUUCGCCGGGAAGUGAACAAACUUUCAGAGCAGUGGAACGCCCUAAUCGAACGUAGCGAUGCGUGGAAGCGGAAACUCGACGACACCGCUAACAAAAUAUGCGUGUUCCAAAAGACGCUGGAGGAUCUUUCGUCGCGGAUGGCCGGCGCCGAGGCGAUCCAAAGCGGGUGGCAGAAUCCAAGCGACGCGAACGAGGCGACGGAAUUGCUGAAGCAAUUGGAGAAAUUCGGCGAACGACUGUUGCCCAUCCAGAGGAGCAUCGAGUACGCGAACGAUCAAGCGAGCGUCUUCGCCUCGAGCAGCGUCAUCGUUUCUCAUGCUUUGCUGGCGAAACUCGAAGAUCUCAACACCAGGUGGAAGGUGCUGCAAGUGGCGGUUGACGAGCGUUACAAGUUGCUAAGCGGAUUUGGAAAGGAUGGCAGCACUCCGGGUAGCCAGGCUUUCCUCGCGAGCAGCGUGGAACCACCAUGGGAGAGAGCCCUCACACCCGCCAAAGUGCCUUACUAUAUCAACCAUCAGUCGGAGACCACCCAUUGGGAUCAUCCGAAAAUGAUAGAGCUGAUGUCCUCGCUGGCGGACCUGAACGAAGUACGAUUUUCAGCGUACAGGACCGCCAUGAAACUGCGCACCGUUCAGAAACGAUUGUGCCUGGACAUGUUGAGCCUUUCCACCGCAUUAGAGCAGUUCGACUCGCACGGGCUCCGAGCGCAAAACGACAAACUAAUCGACAUUCCCGACAUGGUGACAGUCUUGACGUCCCUGUACGAAGUGAUAACGGCGGACAACCCGACGCAAGUGUCUGUCCCCUUGUGCAUCGAUUUGGCCAUCAAUUGGCUCCUCAACGUGUACGAUAGUCAACGAACCGGUCAGAUUCGCGUGCUUUCCUUCAAGGUUGGUUUGGUCCUGUUGUGCAAGGGUCAUUUGGAAGAAAAAUAUCGAUAUCUAUUCCGGCUGAUCGCUGAUCCGAACAGAUUGGUGGAUCAACGAAAGCUCGGUUUAUUGUUGCACGACUGCAUCCAAGUGCCGAGGCAGUUGGGAGAAGUGGCGGCGUUUGGCGGGUCGAACAUCGAGCCGAGCGUUCGCAGCUGCUUCGAGAAGGCUGGAAAAGACAAAAAUGAAAUAGAAGCGGUUCACUUUUUGAGCUGGCUGCAACAAGAGCCGCAGAGUAUGGUUUGGUUGCCUGUGCUUCAUAGACUCUCCGCCGCGGAGAGCGCAAAGCAUCAAGCGAAAUGUAACAUAUGCAAGGAGUAUCCCAUUAUUGGAUUCAGGUAUCGUUGCUUGAAAUGCUUCAAUUUCGACAUGUGCCAGAACUGUUUCUUCUCAGGCAGGAAAGCGAAGAACCACAAGUUGACGCAUCCGAUGCAGGAAUAUUGCACCGCGACCACAUCUGGCGAGGACGUGCGCGACUUUACGAGAGCGCUUCGGAAUAAAUUCAAGUCGAAGAGAUACUUCAAGAAGCAUCCAAGAGUCGGUUAUCUGCCGGUGCAGACCGUUUUGGAGGGAGACGCGUUGGAAAGCCCGGCGCCUUCGCCGCAACAUAGCUCCCUCAGCCAGGACAUGCACUCCCGACUGGAGAUGUACGCGUCCCGGUUGGCGGAAGUCGAGCUGUCGCGCACAAGAAGCAACUCGACACCGGACAGCGAUGACGAGCAUCAGCUGAUCGCCCAUUAUUGCCAGAGCUUGAACGGCGGGGACAAUGUAAACGUGCCAAGAAGCCCCGUGCAGGUGAUGGCAGCGAUCGAUGCCGAGCAAAGGGAGGAGCUUGAAGCGAUGAUACGCGAACUGGAGGAGGAGAACGCGACACUCCAAGCGGAAUACGAACGAUUGCGCUCGAAACAGACACCGGGCUCGACGCCCGAAGACGGCCAUGGCAACCGACAGCCCGACUGCGACAUGAUCGCCGAGGCGAAAUUGUUGAGACAGCACAAGGGAAGAUUAGAGGCGCGCAUGCAAAUACUAGAGGAUCAUAAUCGUCAACUGGAGGCUCAGUUGCAGAGACUCAGACAACUUUUGGACGAGCCAAAUGCUUCCUCGCCAUCGAAGACGGGCACAUUACAAACGCGAAGCGUUACAGCAUCUCAAUUGGCAACUGAUUCGCCUGCUAAAAUGAACGGACAUUAUCACGAUUCCCCAGGUGGUGGAGGUUCGAACGAGGGAAGAGUGAGCAGUUUAGAGAGGCCACCACCGCCACCGCAUUCUCACAGUGUUGCCCACAACGUGGGCAAUCUCUUGCACAUGGCAGGAGACUUAGGGAAAGCAGUCGGUGAACUGGUGACGGUGAUGACCAGUGAGGACUUGUCGAAAACUAACGGACAAAGGGCACCACCACCGGCUUUUAAAUAACGACUAUUAUCACGAUUCUAAUCGAGGAUAUUGCCUUGCGGAUAUCGACGGAAACGUCACGACAAGAAAAAAAAAAAAAAAAACGAGACCGACUCGAUUGAUCACGCACAUAUACAUAAUACACGCACGCGAGAUCCACGAACUUUUAAAUGUUUUAAAUCAAUGACCAAUGCAUGGCUCUAAACGCAUAUCAAAAGGGGGAAAAUAUCACGCAAAAAUGCAGGGUCAGGGUUAGCUGCCAUAGUGUGGUUUUGGGUAUUUUAUAAGUUUUGAUAUAUACAAUUGUAUAGCUAAAUUAUAUUGACUAAAACGAUUAUGGUUUGGCUUUGGCGGCGCCCUGAGUAACUUUAUUACAUAUUGACACGUCAUAUCAUUGAGAAAGAGUAAUCGUAUCGGAAAAAUAACGAGCAAGAAGAAAAAAAAUGAAUCAGUUGUUAUAUAUGCUUACUAGUUAAAGUAAAAAUAAAAAAAAAAAUAAAAAUUAUUAUAUGGAAGUGAUGAAAUAAAGAUGAAGAUGAAAUGUAACGAUUAUAAGAAAAUUACACGAACGGAAAAAACAUUAUCAUUAACAAUGCAUGCAAAAGCAAUGUAUUAAAUCACGUACUCUAUUCUAGAUCGUAGAUUACAUUUACAUACCCAUUCUGUUCACUGCCACGGGCUCUUCCUUGACAUUAAAUAACAUACACGUUGUACAUGUUAUGCGAUUUUAG